GUGCGAUUACUUCUGCGUGAAUUCUCCGAAGUCAAGAAGUUCUUAGCCCCUUCACUCUCACAGUACCUGAUAGCAUAACAUAACCUAUAUAGGUAUUGUAACAUUCAGGUAAAUUACAACGGAAUACAUUCUUCUCUGCUACAUGUAAUUCCAUGGAUUCGUACACUUCCACAUCACUCUAUCCUACACCUCGCCAACCUACUCGAAUCGAUCCUUAUGCAGGUGAAUGAGGGAUCAAAGUAGUCUAACUCUAGUCAACUAAUCGACCUGGACCUCAACCUCGACUUCAACCUUAACUAUAUCUAAAUAACCACCUAUAUUAUCUCGGCAACUUGAUCGAUAAUAUCGAUAGAUCCCUCGAACCCAAAUCUAUCGGAGAAAAAUCCUUCGAAACUCUAGAUCCCUCGGCUGAACACUACCCUCCCUACAAACCUAUGUCUCUCUUGUAUUUAAGCUAAUUGUCUUUAUUAUACGCUACAAGAGACACGGGAGUUUCAGUUCUAGCUGUUUCCUUCCUUUAUUUUUGGUUAUGACCGAGGUGACGCUUGAUUAAAUUUCCAAACUCGCUGCUGGGCAGUCACGGGACUAAGUUGAGUGACGUCCUGACCCUAAGCACAACCACGACUACUGCUGCGACCACAUCGGAUCUACAACCAGACAGACAGUCGCGGCCACAACCACCACGAUCACGACUGCCACUGUCACUGCCACUGCCACUAUGGACGACAAGGCCUUCUCCCCCAUCGUUGGCACGCAGGAGACUGCCGAACCAGUCCAGGUGGACAGCAGCAUCGAGCAAGCGGCCAUGAAGGCUCCCAAAUCUUCAUCCUCAAUACAGCCAGCAACAAAAAAAUUACAAACCAAACGUGUCACGUCUGCAUCGAAUACUCCAAUCCCCUCACGAGAAUCAUCUCCGGUGAGACCAGCUCCUAAAACAAACGCAUCUACUCGACCAACACCGGGUCCAGGUCGGUCGAGAAAGAAUAGCACGCAGGAAGUGAGCCCAGCACGCUCAGCCAGUGCGAAUACCAAUCCACCACCGUCUGCAGCUGCUACACAGAGAGUUUUAUCUGUUGCCUCCACCCCCAUACUCCAUCCCAAUGCUUCGGAAUCGGCCAUAAGAUCACCUGUACCCCAGAAGCCAACAAUAACACCCGAAAUCAGAGAAACUCCUCGCUGGCCGAUUUCCCCCAGAAUUCGAUCCCCCCCUCCUAUCAACAAGCACCCCAUCCUAUCACCACGGAAGAACGAUCAAGAGCCGCCGUCAAUAAAUGUCCAGCGACUACCCCAACCAUCGGAACAACAGGAAGGAAAGCAAGGGAUGACAGACAGCGAAGCUGAAGAUUCGCCGUCUGUCCCGGGUAUGAGAACGCCAGCGAGAGGAGUUAGUGGAGCCAGUUCAACACUGGAGACCGUACAAGAGAUUAGUCAGCCAAAUACUCCGGGCUUAGAUUUUGAUAGCGCUUUAGAGAAGGUCGAUGGCUCGCCACAAUUACUACCGGAUCAGGAUGCUUCUACGCACAAUGCGUCCACGAAAACUAUCACGGCGAUGUCUACUACUGCUGCCAAUGAGAGUGGGAGUGAGAGUGGCGGAAAGGGCGAGAUCAAGAUGAGGUCUACAUCGGCUGCUCCGCAAAACACUGCCCGCCCUAACGGUCCAGCAACAAAAGCAUUCACAGGUGCAGGAAGAGGGAAACCGUCUGGUGAAGGUUCGGCAAGGAACAUGACAGUCGAAACAGAGACAGUCAGCUCGAUUCCUCAAGUAGCUGUUGGUGGACCAGCUGGCGCAGGAAAUAAUGGAAGCAUACGUACCAAACCAAGUUCGGAAACGAUACGGCCGAAGAAGGAGAAGAAGAAGACCGCUCGCAAGGCGCCGUCGGUCACUUCUGGCACUGCUUCUUCUAAGGCAGAUAUAUUUGAGGCCAAGGUUGCCAGCGCGGUUGACGAAGCCAAUUCCUCUGACUCGGAGGAGACUUUCGUCUACGAGUCGAAUCCACCAGAUGUCACGGAUCGACCACGGCGCUUUCAUUCCCGUACUCCAAGUGCCACAUCGAUGGCCAGCCAAAUCGACCAAAGAAAUGGAGUACGCACGAUUAUGGACGGUUACCAUAGUGUGGCCAUGAAGAAAAGCAUGAAGUUCGCCAAUUCUUACAACAGUAAUGGCCAGGAGCAAGCCCCAGGAGAGGACGAUGGCAAGGGGACCGCCCGGAGUAAUACAGGUACAGGUAGGGGAACGACACAUCACCACCACAUUGGCGGUCGUUGGAAUCGCAAUGGUGGUGGUAACGGUCACCCAUCUCUCUUUGAUAUCGAAUCUCCUUUUCCAAAUGCAACAAAACCGAAAAUUGCGAACAGCCUCCGGCAGUCGUCACGACCUUCGAGUCCAAGAACAGCUAAUAUGAGAAUGGCUGGAAAUGUGAAAAGAGCAUCGCCGAUACCAUCGACCUACGACCUUGACGAUGGAGCAGAUGACGAACGAACACCAUUGGUUUCGACAAUUCGGUCGAGCAGGUCUGGCCGAAGUCGACGACAAGCAGGAUCGAUGCGACAAAUUGAGCAUCAGGCAUCACGCCAUGAACGUUCAUUCGUGGCUCGGUUUGCCGGCUGUCUAGUCUUGGCAGCGAUGAUUGCUCUGGUAAUUUCCGGAGGUGUCGGCUUCAUGUUUGCGACAACCCAACCUCUUACCGAUGUUAAAAUACUGGCCCUGAAAAACAUUAUCGCAAGUGAACAAGACGUCAUCUUGGAUAUGAAAGUCCAGGCUCGGAACCCGAAUCUUGUAGUUGUUACAGUUGAUUCUACGGACUUGGUUAUCUUCGCAAAAUCCAAGUAUGCAGGGACAGAUACCGAGUGGUGGAAACAUCCUUCGGGGACAACGCUUCUCCGGAGAGUUCUUCGAAGGCGAGAUGAUGAUCCACUCGAUCCACCGCUAGGCGACGACCCCAACACCAGCCCAAACUUGGUCAUUGGUCAUGUUUACGAAUUUUACAGCCCGUUGACCUUUGAGGGCUCACCUUUUCACGCCGAGCCCUAUUCAUCACUAGGCCAGAUUCGUAUCGAUCAUCCAGGGAAUGACACGACACCAGCGGGAAGCGAGCGUUGGGGAAGAGUUGUACAGCAUGAGUUCGACCUUAUUGUGCGAGGUACUCUCAAGUACACACUGCCCCUCAGCCCAAGAGUUAGGAGUAUCAGCGUCGAGGGCCGUGUCACAGUCAAACCAAAUGCUGCCGACCAGGACCCAGAAGAAGUUCACAUUAUAUGAGGUUCAUAUUAUAUGAGGAUCCCAUUUGCUAGCAGCAUUGAGGUUGCUUACCAUGCCACAUUUGCUAUUGUCAACGUCUUGCUUUUCCUGUACUAUUGAGCGACUCGAUUUCUUAUGGCAUAGGCGACAAGAGGCGCAAGCAAAGUACAUCUACGUGGCUGCACGGUUUGGCUGCCUCGGUUUGGGCAACAGAAAGUAGCCGGAUGUUUACCACCUUGUACCUUUUCUUCUGAGUGGUAUUCAUGCCGGACCAGAUUCGAAGCUUAUCUUCUCUGGUUUCUUUUCAGCGGCUUGGAGAUACCACAGUAUAGAUGGCAGAAAAGAUAGAGGCCAGGAUGGACUCAGGCGAGCAAGACGUCAUGGAUCAACUCCAAUUCUCUUUUUAACGGCCGACUUUGAUGAUUAUAGUUGAGAACUGCAUCACGUUGCAUUGGGCUCUUGUAGAGUAUUAUCACCGAAGUGGUGACUUGAUAAAGACUUUGUACAUUGGGGCGAAAAGACGGAUGCGUGGCGCUCUCUGUCCGAUAGGUGGAGUACAUCAUGGGAAAUUGGCUAAUGUGCUCCUCGCUGAGCUGAUAAUUAAAAGAAAUAUGGAGAUCAGGAUGACUAUGGGACCUGAUGCUUGUGUCCAUACAUGCCCAUACAAUUGACCAUAUUUACAUAUUUUUAACCUUGCUUUGCUGGCGGCGAGUGCCUGUUCGGUAAGUAAUUAUCCUGCCGAAUCAACCUUCUGCUGCCACUUGUUUAAACCUUUCAUGGUUCAUAGCUUGUCAAAAGAUUCUCCUUGCGGUCGCUUGGAAUUUCUAGUGCCAUCGUCGUUACUCAAAUCGCUGCAUGCUUCAUCAGGCAGCAGUCUGGUUGCUAAAUCUGGCUGAUGUGGUGCUGGUAGAUGAUGUCGACAAGCUCUUUCACCCUGAG